CCUCAUCUGAGCAGUUUGUCAGAUGAGGCAGAUGUGAGUGAUGAGCGGUGUCUGACAGUGAGGAGAUUUCCAGGCUCAGAGGACAGCCCAGGUCCAGGCCUGUUCCCCCGGAGGCUGAGCACCCCAGAGCAGGGCAACAAGGCGGAGCAUUCUGGUCUGGACUACCUGUCAGCCAGUGGCAGUAGCCCCAAUCUGCUAUCUACGUCCACAGCCUCAGACCCUGAUCCCGAUGACGGCGUGAACGGAGAGAAUCCCAGUGCUCGUCCCAGCCGACCACAGAGGACGGAGAAGAAAGACUACCUUAAACCUGCCAUCAACAGCCUGCCGCCAACACCUAAAGUCCUGAUGGGGGCCUGUUUCUCCAAGGUGUUUGAUGGCUGCCCACUGAACAUCAACUGUGCCACGUCGUGGAUACACCCUGAUACCAAAGACCAGUACCUUAUAUUUGGGACGGAGGAUGGGAUCUAUACCCUCAACCUGAAUGAGCUGCAUGAAGCCACCAUGGAACAGCUGUUCCCCAGGAAGUGUACCUGGCUCUACAUCAUCAACAACAACCUGAUGUCCCUGGCAGAAGGGAAGACCUUCCAGCUCUACUCACACAACCUGAUUGGGCUGUUUGAGCAGCUGAAGAAGCCUGGCCUGGCCUCUCAGUUCCACACACACCGCUUCCCAGACAAGAUGUUACCAAGGAGGUUUGCCUUGACAACGAAGAUCCCUGACACAAAGGGCUGUCACAAGUGUUGCAUUGUGAGGAACCCCUAUACGGGCCAUAAGUACCUGUGUGGAGCGCUCCAGUUUGGGAUAAUCCUGCUACAGUGGUAUGAGCCCAUGCAGAGGUUCAUGCUUAUCAAGCACUUUGACUUCCCCUUACCCAGCCCUCUGAAGGUGUUUGAGAUGUUGGUGGUUCCAGAGCAGGAAUACCCCAUGGUGUGUAUAGCUGUCAGCCAGGCCACGGAGCCAGGCCAGGUGGUUCGCUUUGAGACCAUCAACCUCAACUCCUGCUCUUCCUGGUUCACUGAGAUGGGAUCAACUGGUCGAGCAGUGGACGCCAUCCAUGUGACCCAGCUGGAGAGGGACACGUUGCUAGUGUGCCUGGACA